UUGCGAUGAUUCUGAUUUUGUUUUUCAUUAUAUAGAGUUUUUUAGUAUUGAAAGAAGCAUGGAAAACAAUGGCGAAGCAACUAGCGGGAGGAGCGCUGGAUUCUCUCGCGUUGUUCUCAAUGAAAGAAUCCUUUCUUCGAUGACUCGAAGAUCGGUUGCUGCUCAUCCUUGGCAUGAUUUGGAGAUCGGACCUGGUGCUCCAGCAGAUUUUAACUGUGUGGUUGAAAUUGGAAAAGGUAGCAAGGUCAAGUACGAGCUCGACAAGGCCACUGGUCUUAUAAAAGUUGAUCGUAUUCUGUACUCAUCAGUUGUUUACCCGCACAACUAUGGUUUCAUUCCAAGGACUAUCUGCGAAGAUAGUGAUCCUAUGGAUGUCCUGAUACUGAUGCAGGAGCCUGUAUUGCAUGGUUCUUUUCUUCGUGCCCAUGCUAUUGGGUUAAUGCUCAUGAUUGAUCAGGGGGAGAAGGAUGACAAGAUAAUUGCUGUAUGUGCUGAUGAUCCUGAGUUCCGUCAUUACACAGACAUCAAACAGCUUCCUCCCCAUCGUCUGGCUGAAAUCCGCCGCUUCUUUGAGGAUUACAAAAAGAAUGAGAACAAGAAGGUUGAUGUAGAAGACUUUUUGCCAGCUGAGACUGCUAUUGAAGCCAUCAAGUAUUCCAUGGAUCUAUAUGUGUCUUACAUUGUUGAAAGCUUGAGGAAGUGACCGUCUUCGCCACUAUUUUGGUAAAAAUUACAGUAAAAUUUUACUGAUUAGGUAUUAUAUAAGUAUAGACAAAGUUUAUGUUGCAUGCCUCUCUUGGUUAAACUUGCCAAAUACUCAUGUCGUCAUAUUGCUCUAUGUUGCAAAUGUUAUAUGCUUUUUCAAUAGAAUGCUCUCCAUUGUUUAUUAAACUAUGAUCAAUGGAAAGGGA